AUGGAAGAAUUACAAGUUACUGCCAAGAAUAAAAAAGUUACUUUAUCAAAUUUAAUUCGAACAGAUGGCUUUACGGCAGAUGUAGUGCUUAUUAAAAGUUCCAACAACGAGUUUAAUGAUUCUGUGAGCCUUGACUACUAUGAACAAGAUUAUGAUAUUACUCAGCUGGGCGAAGUUAAUACUAAAGAAGAAGUAGACGAAAUGAACCUAUGCGGUAUUGAUCUCAAUAGAGGGAAAAUAUUUGCUGCAUCUUACGGACCCAUCAAGCACCAAAGAAAAGAACAACAAAGGAUGGAGGACAGUGGAAUGGACGACAUUUUGUUCAAUAUACCCACAGCGAAGGCUGCUUCUAUCCCACGAUAUUUUCAUUUUGUAGUAUAUAACUUAUUAUCAAACAUCACUGCAAUUUUAAAUUUCAACAACACAUCCGCUGCUAUUAGACGUUUCCAUUUAUAUCAGGAAGUACAAAGAGCACGUGAAGAAAUGAAAAAGUUCACCGGGAUGUUUGGUAAAGACCAUGUAAAAAUAAAAACAUUUCGAACUGACAUGACUGAUGUGCUCUACCAGCAGUUCAAAAGAAGACAAAAGAACAGAGACUUAUCACCUGCCUGGAUCGAUGGAUUCCGCACUUCAAAGGUCAUUUAA